AUGUAUCCAAUAUAUGAAAUUACUCAUUCAUCAUCAACUACAGAUCUACAUCAACAACAAGAAAUACCCGUACAAAUCAAAUUUUCUAUUUGGAAUACAUUUAAACAUCAUAUUCCACGUUUUAUUAUAACCAUUAUUGUCGAUGUCAUUCUUCCACUUGCUAUAUACAUAUCAUUUCAAAAAUAUAUGAAACCUGUUUAUGCACUUUUAGCUGGUAGUAGUCCACCUUUAUUUAUGGUUAUAUUCAAAGCGAUUUGGUUACGUACAUUUGAUGCACUUGGAUUUCUUGUCUUUUUUACUUUUUCUAUUACAGCUAUCGUUGCUAUUGUAUCACGUAAUCCUAUUAUACUUUUAUUAGAAAAAUCAUUACUUACCGGUAUUUUAUCAAUUAUUUUUGGAAUAACAUUAAUACCAUUUCAAUGUUGUAAACAUUGGUGUCGUUGGCGACCAUUAGCUUAUUAUUUUUAUCAAGAUUUAGUACCAACGAAACGAAAAGAUAUUGGAUUACCUGACGGUAUAUUCAAUGAUGAUGAUGAACAGAUAGAUAAUAAUUAUGCUAAACUUAAAGAAGAAGUUUCAAUAGAAAAAUUAUCUGAUAAACAAGAAGUUGCUCAAGUAUAUGAAUGGCUUCAUCUGCAUUGUUCAUCAUUUCGUAAUUCAUGUUAUUUCAUAACAAGUGUUUGGUCAAUGGGUUAUCUUUUAGAAUUUCUUACUCGAGUUAUUCUUAUUUUAGCACGUUUAUCAAUUAAUAAAAUCGUUAUUUAUGGACAUAUUAUACUUAGUACAAUAACAGUUUUAAUGAUUCUUUUGACAGUUAUUUGUAUAACUAUUGAAAGAAAAUUUACAUUAGCAUUUAUUGAACGAUGGAGAUUACAAACUUUAAAUAUACAACAAUUUCAACCGAGAACAUUAUCAGAAAUGUCAUCUUCAUUAGUUGUAGCUAGAAGUGAUUCAAGUUGUAUUUUGAGUGUCACUGCAUGA